AACAAGGCCCAAUUAAAUCACUACCUCACCCGGUUAUCCCUAUUCAAAAACCCUAAUUUCUGUAUUCUUUAAGCUCAGUGGCCGUAACGCGAGCGAAGACGAAGCUGAGAUCCAAAUCCACAUUUCACCAUGAAGUUUAACGUUGCAAAUCCUACCACUGGAUGCCAGAAGAAGCUGGAAAUCGAUGAUGAUACCAAGCUUCGAGCUUUUUGGGAUAAGAGACUCUCUCAAGAAGUUUUGGGUGAUGCUUUGGGUGAGGAAUUCAAAGGCUAUGUUUUUAAGAUCACUGGAGGCUGUGACAAACAAGGUUUUCCAAUGAAGCAGGGUGUGUUAACUCCUGGGCGUGUUCGCCUUUUGCUUCACCGAGGAACUCCUUGCUUCCGAGGAUAUGGAAGGCGCAAUGGAGAGCGAAGGAGGAAGUCUGUUCGUGGUUGCAUUGUCAGCCCAGAUCUCUCUGUUCUCAACUUGGUUAUUGUGAAGAAGGGUGAAAAUGAUUUGCCUGGUUUGACUGAUGUUGAAAAGCCAAGAAUGAGGGGUCCCAAAAGAGCUUCCAAAAUCCGUAAGCUUUUCAAUCUGUCCAAGGAGGAUGAUGUCAGGAAGUACGUCAACACAUACCGUCGUACUUUCACUACCAAAGCUGGGAAAAAGGUGAGCAAAGCACCAAAGAUUCAGCGCCUGGUCACACCCCUGACACUUCAAAGAAAGAGGGCAAGAAUUGCUGAUAAGAAGAAAAGAAUUGCCAAAGCUAAAUCAGAGGCAGCAGAAUACCAGAAACUUCUUGCAUCCAGGUUGAAGGAGCAAAGGGAACGACGCAGUGAGAGUUUGGCUAAGAAGAGAUCAAGGCUCUCCACCGCAAAGCAAGGUGCCACAGCAUAGGCUGUUUUGGACAGAUGAAGUUAACACUUCACCUGAGUUUUUGUUAGUAUUAUUUUGUUUACAUGCUUUUGUCAUCGUAUUUUGUUUAUUUUGGUAAAUUGUUAUGGUAUUUUGUUCAACAAUGUUGUUUUAAUACUUUUUGUCGUCAAUGAGUGACCUCUUGAUAUAAUAGAAUUUAACUUUACCUUGA